AUGGCAUUUGCAGAAGAUACAGUAUAUGCUCAAGAUGGGUCCAAAUUCCAUCGUCUUGUUUUUUUUUCUUGGAUUGUUGCUCAUUUUCUACAAGUUUAUGUGAAUUCUCUUCGUCAUAUUUCUGUAUUCAAUUUGGUGUGUAUUGUCGACGAUUUAGUUAUCAAGGUCGAUGACAAUGGUGGAGUGCUCUAUGUCCCUACUGUUGGUGCCGUUGUACUACAAGUUGUUUACUCUCAAGUAUACAAUCUAAGACAAGAAAGACACUUUUUCCUACUAAACACAAUGUUUACAUUGAUCAUUCUGAGUGGAAGAUUUGAUGUUCCGUUUGAGCGAACUGCUUUAACUAGACAAUUAUUAAAGCCAAAGUGUACUUCAAUCUGA